GGCUGAAUUGGAGAGUGCCAUUUUCUUGCUACUACCCGUGUUUAUCUGCUGUCAUUGCCUUCAUCAUGAGCGACCUGCAGGAAGAGGGCAAAAAUGCUAUCAACGCGCCAAUGUCUCCGGCCACCAUUGAUAUCCACCCUGAAGAUACCCUAUUAGAGGAAAAUGAGGAACGUACCAUGAUCGAUCCCAACUCCAAAGAAGACUCCAAGUUCAAAGAACUAAUCAAGGUUCUAAUUGACUGGAUUAACGAUGUCCUGGUGGAAGAGAGAAUCAUUGUUAAGCAGCUUGAAGAGGACCUUUAUGAUGGGCAAGUGCUGCAGAAGCUUUUGGAAAAGCUGGCUGACCGUAAACUGAAUGUGGCAGAAGUGACACAGUCUGAAAUUGGUCAGAAACAAAAGCUGCAGACAGUUCUGGAAGCUGUCCAUGAUUUACUCCGACCCCAUGGGUGGACAAUCAAGUGGAAUGUCGACUCAAUCCAUGGCAAGAAUCUAAUUUCCAUUCUCCACCUUCUGGUAGCUUUGGCUAUGCAUUUCCGGGCUCCCAUCCGUCUUCCUGAGCACGUUUCUGUGCAAGUGGUAGUUGUAAGGAAACGGGAAGGCCUUCUCCAGACGGCUCACGUUACAGAGGAGCUCACAACCACGACAGAGAUGAUGAUGGGAAGAUUUGAACGAGAUGCCUUUGACACCCUCUUUGACCACGCACCAGAUAAACUCAGCGUAGUGAAAAAGUCUCUGAUCACCUUUGUGAACAAACACCUAAAUAAGCUGAAUUUGGAAGUGACAGAAUUAGAAACACAGUUUGCAGAUGGCGUCUAUUUGGUAUUGCUCAUGGGUCUGCUUGAAGACUAUUUUGUUCCACUCCACAACUUUUAUUUAACGCCUGAAAGUUUUGAUCAGAAGGUCCAUAAUGUUUCCUUCGCUUUUGAGUUGAUGCAAGAUGGAGGGCUCAAGAAACCAAAGGCUCGUCCUGAAGAUGUUGUUAACUUGGAUCUGAAGUCUACCCUCAGGGUUUUGUACAACCUGUUCACAAAGUACAAGAAUGUUGAGUGAUCCUGGAAGCUGCUGAGAUGUUAAUCCUCACAACCUU